GGCAAGACAGAGGACUUGGAGCAGCUCUGAGCUCUGAGCCUCCAGGAUGAGGCCGGCGCUUGCCCUGUGCCUCCUCUGUCCCGCGUUCUGGCCCAAGCCAGGGAGUGGCGAGCACCCUACGGCAGAUCGCGCUGCCUGUUUGGCCUUGGGGGCUUGCUACAGCCUGCACCACGCUACCAUCAAGCGGAGGGCAGCAGAGGAGGCCUGCAGUCUGCGCGGCGGGACUCUCAGCACCGUACACUCAGGCUCCGAGCUGCGUGCCGUGCUCACUCUCUUGCGUGCAGGUCCCGGGCCUGGCGGAGGCUCCAAGAACCUUCUGUUCUGGGUGGCUCUGGAGCGCGGCCGUUCCCAAUGCACCCUGGAAAAAGAGCCUUUGAGGGGUUUCUCCUGGCUAUACCCAGACGGGAGAGACUCGGAGGAGUACACACUGCCGUGGGUGGAGGAGCCACAACUUUCUUGCGCUGUACGAAAGUGCGCCGUGCUCCAGGCUACCGGAGGAGUGGAGCCUGCAGGCUGGAAGGAGAUGCGCUGCCACCUGCGCGCAGACGGCUACCUGUGCAAGUACCAGUUUGAGGCUCUGUGCCCUGCGCCGCGCCAGGGAGCCGCCUCUAACUUGAGUUUCCAAGCCCCCUUCCGCCUGAGCAGCUCAGCGCUGGACUUCAGCCCUCCAGGGACCGAGGUGAGUGCGAUGUGUCCUGGGGAGCUCUCAGUCCAGGCAACCUGCGUCCAGGAAGAGACAAGCGCACGCUGGGACGGGCUUUCCCCCGGGUCCAUGCUCUGCCCCUGCCUUGGGAGGUACCUUCUUGCUGGCAAGUGCGUGGAGCUCCCUGAAUGCCUAGACCACUUGGGAGACUUCACUUGUGAAUGUGCCCCCGGCUUUGAACUAGGGGAGGACAGACGCUCUUGUGAGACCAAAAGGAAAGGACAGCUAACCCCUGAGGGGACCAAGCUGCCCAUCAAGCAUGUUUCAGCCACUCCAGCCAGCCCUAUGACAAACAGAACACCGCCAGGCCAGGUUCAUGAGAUGCCCCAGGUCACCGGACAAGACAGUUUUGGAACAUCUGUUCCAGAGAUUCUUCAAUGGGGAACACAGAGUACUUUACCUACUCUUCAAAAGACCCCACAAACCAAGCCAAAAGCCACAGUCACUCCAUCAGAAAGCAUGAUCCCCACGUUAACCUACACAUCUUCUUCCCCCUCGUUCUCCCCGACUUUCAACUUCUCCUCCACAGUGGUCUUCAUACUUGUGAGCAUAGCAGUAAUAGUAUUAGUAAUUUUAACCAUGACAGUGCUGGGACUUUUCAAACUCUGCUUCCACAAGAGCCUCUCCUCCCGGACCAGCAAAGGAGCUUUGGACUCACGCUGUGUGGAAAGUGAUGCUGAGGCCACUGCUUUGCGCCACAACUCUGACAAUGGAGUAAAGGUUGGGGACUGUGGCCUUCGGGGCCGAGCUGAGGGUUCUUCACUGACUGAGGCCUCUCUUGGCUCAGGGGACACUUAGAGAAAUAGCUCAGUGCUCACACUUUGUGUAGACUUCUUCAAUUCCAAUUAACGGGGAACAAGAUUUCUGCAAUGAUUCCUUCAGAUGUUCCCCUUCCCAUAAAUUCUCUUUCCUCCACCAAGGAACUAAAUCCGAAAGGCAUCCUCAUUCCCUGAAAGUGAAAGAGGUGGAGGCCUUCUGCUGGCACUAGAGGACAGAGUGGAUAAAGGGAGCAGGCAUUUUCUUGGGCUCUGGGGGAGUUUGGAGAAGUGUCCGAUUAUUUCCAGUACUGGAAGGAAAAGAAAAAAAAAAAAAACAAUAUAUUUUCGAAUGUUUAUUUUCAUCAAAAUGAGAAGGAAAUGUCUAUAUUAUUCAGGCUAGGAAUAUAUUAGCUUGAAAUUUUACAUUCAAAUAAUAAAACAUUGCUGAGAACCUAGACUAAAAUGUGUUUGACUUUUGCAAACAGGGAUGUUUAGGAGUAUAGCAUGCUGAGGAGAGCGAAUGGCUACAGGGUACACUCUGCACUUUGACAGGAAGUCUAUAUGUCCUAGCUCUUUCAGAAUGGGUAAAGUUUCCUUUUAUUCUUUUAUCCUUUGUUUUCAAAGUCACUGUGACAGUGUGCUCUGCUAUAAAUCCUAAGUCCAAUGUUGCCAGUUUCUGACUCUAGAAGCAAAUCACAGUUGACCACCAAUCUGACUGUUUGCUGUGUGUCCUUGCCCAGAGAAACAAAUGAUUUGUGUCUUCCUUCUCCAAUGCUUAUGCUCUCCAGUGUAAUGACUUUUCUCUUCAGACCACCUUGUAGAGAUCAGGAUGCCGACCCUCACUUCUAAUUAUGAUGCUGUUAAUUCUCAAUUACCACGUUAAUGCUAAGUAUUGAUUUGAAGUCUUCUGGGUGCAUUAAAGCAAAGGAAGUUUGGCUUUUUCCAAAGUUGCUAGAUUCUCAUGCCCUAUUUAUUCCACGGGAGAGGGAAGUGACUUGAAUGUCAAGUCACUUCUGUUUCUUCUCAAUAGAGUGUAAAUACAAUGACAAUGUGUGUGCAUCAGGCGGUGGCUACAAUUGAACCAGAGUCAUGACAGGCAAAACUAAGGGAAACAGCUUUCCAUAGAAUUAAUAAUGUAUAAAAUAAAUAAUAAAUAAAAAUCUAUCAUCAUAUUAUGACUUGCGGUAUUAACAAAUAAUAAAAUUCACACAUUCAGGUGGUAAAUAAUUAAGGCAUAAUAAAAAUAAAUGAUCUGGUGAAAUCCAAAGGCCUUGGAGAAUAUUUUUGUUACAUUAGUGUGCUGAAUUUUUUUUUUUAAGUGUUGUGAAGUUGGUGUGUGAAGAGAAAUAAACUUACUCAUGGGAGAAAAUGAAAGUAAGAUAAAACUUGGGCUAUAUUUUUCUAGAAUCGUUUUUAUUCACUAGAUUAUACUGAGGGUUGAUUUAAAAAUAACCAAUAGUAAAAUAAUUCAGAAAAUUAAGAGCGCUUUUACAUUCUAAAUACAAAACUAUGUGUCUAAUAUUGUAUCACUAAAGGAAUAAAUUGAAAGAGGGCUUGCUUCAUAUGUUGAAUAUGAUUUUAAAUAGUUGCAAUUAAAUAAAAUCACAAAUAAAUGCAAAUUAACAACUGUUAAGACUCUUCAAUUCGAAGCUGAAA